UUAACGAAGUCCUAAUAAUUGUAGAAGAGUGAAUCCAAGGCAAAAUAGGACGAGGAUUUGGUUUUCUCUAUAUCUGUAUAAGGAUGAGGAAGGAAAUUAAAGUCAUUAAGUAAAAUUGUUUUGGUUUUCUUGGUCUUGGUGUUGGUGGGAUUUGAUGAUGAAAACUAAUACUAUGGAUUUAUCAAUCAGUAUCUGCAGCCGCCCGGGUGAAGAAGUUCUCCCUCUCUGUGCCUCUCCCCGUAGCCUCUUCCUCAGCACAUGGACGUUUUUCUCUCAAAGCUUCGACGCCGUGGUUUCAUCUUUCAAGAAGUUUAGGUGGGCCGUGUCAGGGUUUGGUGUAGCAGGACGUGCUGGGCGUUUCAUUUAUGGUAAUGAUUUAUGGUGGUUUCUUUUUAGUUACGUUCCAUGGUCAUGCAUGAUCUUUGCCUUAGUGAAGUUCACUGGUGCUCGACAUGUUUACAAAAUCUUGAUGGUUCUCGACAUUAUUAUCUUUCCUGUUGGCUCCAUAAUUCAUAGUGUUGUGGUGUACUCUGUUGUUUAUUGGUAUCGCGACAUGCCUUUCCGGUUAAUGGGUGCCAAGGCGAAAUUUAUGAUAGAGGUCAUUCCUAUGAUAAUGGCAGUAACCUUGCAUCACCUUUUGGAGUUCAAUUAUGGGUAUCUCGAGCUACUGCUAGGCUUCAGCACAUAUUUCUAUACCUUUGCGCAUUUCACGCACGUAGCAUAUGACAUUGGAGUAAAAGACAUAUUGGUGGGAUUAGUAAUGCAGGUUCUUGGUUACAUGCUGAACGUAGAAUUGUUAGUUAGAGCUUUGGCUUUGAGCUUCUGCUUAGGUUAUAGUUUCUAUAGAUACGUGACUUAUUGUGCUCCUGAAGUACCUGUGCAUUCUAAAAAGGAGUUGGAGCGGCUGCCUUGCUGAUUUGAAGGUGUUUGUAGAAGGACAAAUCAUUAGUAUCUCAUAAAUUAUGAGUUGUUUGCUCUCUUUAUUUUUGUCAUGUGAUGAGUCUUUGAUUCACACAUUUGUUCUUGCUCUAUCUUGUGCCCUUAUCACUGUAUUUUAACCGUAUCAAUGGAAAAAAAAAAAGGGCAAAAUAUUGGUACCAA